GUCUAGUUCAAGGUUCACUCAUUAUACAGAAGGCAGUGCGCGGGACGCUUAAGUUUGAGGUUAUGUAGCACAGACAGUUAGAGUUGGCUGUAGAGUGUAGACAGUCUGCAAGCGACGGUCAGCUGACAUGGUUGUCUGGACGUUACUACAGGUGCUUGCUCUGUGCUGGGUGACGUCUGCUGUAUUCCCACAACCUGUUAUGGUCAGGACUGCCCAGGGACGUUUAAGAGGAGGCGAGAUGGAGACGUAUACUGGGAAGCACUUCUUCGCCUUCCGGGGAGUGCGCUAUGCUGAAGCUCCAGUGGGAGAUUACAGGUUUAAGCCGCCAGUUCCAGUACGGCCGUGGGGCGAAGAGAUACGGGAAGCAGUUGCUGACGGCCCUGUGUGCCCACAGGCAUCAGCUCAAUAUUUUGGGCCUUCUUCAUCAGAGGACUGCCUGUUUCUGAAUGUUUACUCUAAAAAGCUGUCCAGUAACGCGAAGCACCCCGUUAUGGUCUACUUGCACGCUGGAGGCUAUGCCGCAGUCACCGGAAAUAGCAAUGUGGAAGGUCCUCAGUAUCUUCUGGAGAAGGACAUUGUGCUAGUCACCAUAAACUACAGAUUGGGCGCUCUUGGGUUUGUGUGUACGAAUGACAGCAUCCUUCCUGGCAACUACGGGAUGAAGGAUCAGGUGGAGGCCCUCAAAUGGGUUAAAGAGAACAUCCUUUCCUUCGGUGGAGAUCCGGACAGAGUGACUCUCUUCGGGUACAGCGCUGGUGGCGCUAGUGUCACGCUCCAUAUGGUAUCUCCCCUGUCUAAAGGCUUGUUUCACCGAGCUAUUGCGAUGAGUGGAACUGCAACUUCUGGUUGGGCGAUAAACAGAGAUCCCCUGACACUGGCCUCUCGGCUGACUCACAAUCUCGACUCAACUGUUGAAACCAUCGAGUACAGCAAUAUCUUAACUGGUUCCUUGUAUUUGUAUAUUCUAGGCUUGUUUCACCGAGCUAUUGCGAUGAGUGGAACUGCAACUUCUGGUUGGGCGAUAAACAGAGAUCCCCUGACACUGGCCUCUCGGCUGACUCACAAUCUCGGCUGUCCUUCCUCUUGCCCCAGGCUGAUCUACGCUUGCUUCAUGAAACACUCAACUGUUGAAACCAUCGAGUAUAGCAAUAUCUUAACUGGUUCCUUGUAUUUGUAUAUUGUAGGCUUGUUUCACCGAGCUAUUGCGAUGAGUGGAACUGCAACUUCUGGUUGGGCGAUAAACAGAGAUCCCCUGACACUGGCCUCUCGGCUGACUCACAAUCUCGGCUGUCCUUCCUCUGACUCCAGGCUUAUCUAUGCCUGUCUCAUGAAACACUCAGCUGAGGAAAUCGUCAAUGCUACAAGGAAAAUUAAAGACUUUGAGUUCACACCCAUCGCCCUUUUUGCUCCAGUGGUGGAAGAAGGUCCAGAUGCUUUCUUAACUGCAGACCCUUUUCACUUACUGCAAACUGGACAGUUCAGUGAGGUACCACUCAUCCUUGGAGUCACCAAGAAAGAAUUCGCAGCAAGAGGUUACUACGUAUUGUUGAAUGCAACUCUGACAGAAGAGUUUAACGACAAGUUCGACACGUCGGCUCCUGUAGAGUUCAUGUACGAAAGGAAGGGAGAGAAAUCUCGUGCCAUAAGUGCAGCCAUCAGAAAGUUCUACGUCAAUAACCAGCCGAUAAGCAAUAGGACAAGGACGAGGUUCAUGGAGAUUUACACUGACUCUCUCAUCACGUUCUCGGUGGUCCAAACUGCUCGACUGAUAGCAGCGAAGAGCUCUCACCCUGUCUACCUGUACUUGUUUGAUUAUGCUGGAAUGUACAGUCACCAAUAUAUACCAGGCACGCAGAAACCUCUAGGAGUCGCUCAUCAUGAUGACUUGAUCUACUUGUUCUACAUUUCUACACUUUUCCCUGAGUUCAACGCUACAGACACAGAUGCAGUGAUGGUGCGAACUUUGACUUCCAUUUGGACAAACUUUGCGACCACAGGAGUUCCCACUGUUCCCUGUAAAACAACGGCGUGGCAGCCCUUGAGGGAAGGGGAAGACCGCUACCUAAGACUCGGCCGCUGUCCAGAAAUGGUAUCCGGAAUCUUCUUUCCCCACAGAAUGGAUUUCUGGAACGCCCAAUUUCCCUUGUCCGGGCCACAUCAACAAAAUUAUUAAUUCUCUUUUGCAUACUGUAUGAAAUACAUAUAUUAAAAUAGUA